AUGACCAAAGGCUUCCAUCUCCUCGCACUUGCACUCAUUCUGCUUGCGUUCCGUGACGCUCGGUCAGUUCCACUGGCGGGAAUGUUGGCCGAUAUGACGACGCCGAAUCCGAAUCUACCUACUCAGCUAGAAACGGACCAUUCACGGAUGCUGCGUGAGACCGGCGACCCCGUUGAAGAAGCUGCUGAACAGAGGGGACCAUCUGGCGUGAAGAAUGAGCAAGCGCUUGCCCACUUAGGCGAGACACUCCUCUCCGAGCAGAAAAUAAGGGACCCGUCUACGGUGACGACAGAGGAAGUGUCAGACUAUCUCCACAAGGUGCUCUCCCUCAAGCAGAAAACAAGGGACCCGUCUACGGUGACGACAGAGGAAGUGUCAGCCUAUCUACAUAAGGUGCUCUUCCCCAAGCAGGCCAAUGGCAUAGUGGUAGAUGGAAAAGGUGCGCCACACGCAAAUGCUAUGGACCCGGCCUCCCGAAAGUGGGAGAGCCAGCCAGUACCCAAGCCAUAG